AUGGCACAUCCAGUAGGAGUACUCAAAGAGUAUACGUUACCUCAAGUGGUCAACAACAAAACAUCAACAUCGAGUAAAAUGACGAUUAGAGAAUACAAGAAAAUUGGUGAAGGAGCCUUUGGAACUGUUGUUGAAGCUGUAUUACGAUACGCUGACAACAAUUCUUCUUCUUCUUCUUCUUCUUUUUCACCACCACCACCAUCAGAAUCCGCAGUCAAUGGUAGUUUCAAGGAAUCCAAGUCUAAUGGGUCCCAUAAGGAUGGUUGGUUAGGUCCAUUUGCAAUUAAGCGCGUACCGGCGCAAACUGAAUAUAAAUCAAGAGAAUUGGAGAUAUUACGAGUUGUCCAUCAUCCCAAUAUCGUCAGUUUACGAUUCUUUUUCGACAAAAAGAGCUCGGCUGAUGAUAAAGUGUAUCAAAACUUGGUAAUGGAAUGUUUACCAUCUACAUUACAAUCGGAAAUCAAGUUUUACCGUCAAUCGAAAUAUACUAUACCCUAUCCUCAUAUGAAAGCAUAUACGUUCCAAUUAGCAAGAGCAAUGUUGUAUCUACAUGGACUUGGUGUAAGUCAUAGAGAUAUAAAGCCAUCAAAUAUACUAGUUGAUCCAAAUACAAUACAACUCAAGAUUUGUGAUUUUGGAUCAGCAAAGAAAUUAGAACCUAAUCAACCUUCUGUUAGUUAUAUAUGUUCAAGAUAUUAUCGAGCACCGGAAUUAAUUGUUGGGUGUUCAUUAUACACUACAAAGAUUGAUAUAUGGGGUUUAGGUUGUGUUAUUGCCGAAAUGUUUUUAGGUAAACCCAUUUUCCAAGGAACUUCACCUGAAACUCAAUUGAAGGAAAUUGCCAAAUUAUUAGGACCACCACCAAACACAUUUUUUUUCAAAAGUAAUCCACAAUAUCGGGGUAAUAUGUAUACAACCAGAUUGUUUAGUUGUACUGUUGAAGAACGAUUUAGACAAAUUUUUAGUAAUUCACCACCUGAUGCUAUUGAUUUAUUAAUGAAGAUUUUGGUUUAUGAUCCUGAGCAAAGAGCUAGUCCUAGAAAGGUUUUGGUACAGCCUUUCUUUAAUGAAUUGAAAAAUCAGGAUUUCAAAGUGUAUCCUAGAGGAGCUUCUGAGCCAAUUAUAUUGGAUUUAUUCAAUUUUAGUGAUUUUGAGUUGGAAUUAUUAGGACCAUAUAAGAAUGAGCUUGGACUUGUAUGA